AUGGACCACCGUAUUGUCCAGGAUCCUCGAAUCGAACAGCCCUUUGCUGUCAGCCUCAAGCGUCAAGUCGAUUUCCCAAACGGCUUCUCCCUUCCCAAGUUCACAAGAGCUUGUGUCUAUUUCAGCCGGUUGGCGGGCCGCAACCCCAACGACCUGAUACCCAUCCACCCAGUCAUCCAGCGCCGGUUCAGCAUCGAUCUAAACGACGUCAUUGCGCAGCCCGUGGUCUAUGUCCCGGCUGAUGCUCUCGAGAUCGGUGUCCGCUUCCGACGCAGCUUCCACCCCGGCAUAAGGGAUUAUAGUCGAAUGCGUGCCAAGGACAAUGGUCUCAGACUCUACAUGUUCAAGUUGAACCAUAGUGCAGAUACUCAAUAUGGACCGGCAGAGGUUUUUGCAGACUUUUAUCCUGACGGGCCUCCUGUAACAUUUUUCGUUCGGAAGGACGCUGGCGCAUACAUGCUGCCGGGGUUUUAG